AUGUUUAUUCAAGUUCAAAAGAGAGUUGUUUACUAUACUGAGAGAGAUAGACGCAGAUGGUUAUUCUGGCUAAUAUUGAUUCCAAUACUUCUAGUGUUGUUGGCCUUUUUCUUGUGGAGAAGAAGAAGAAGAAACCAGUCAAAAGUUGUCCCCAUAUAUAACAACAACAGCAGCUACUUCCGUCCGAAUGGUACAGUUGGUGGUCCUAAUGGACCAAUGCCUGGACCCCUACCACCAAAUGGAACAUACUAUAUGCCUCAAUAUAUGCCACCACCACCACCACAACAACAUGGCCAAGAGCAGGGGCAAGGACAAGGAACAACUUAUAACAGUAGUCAUGUUCCUCCACCAUAUCCUCCACCACUGUCACUGUCGCAAGGAUAUACGUACACCCCACAACCACAAUCACAGGGCAAAGCUGCUGAAGCCGGAGGUGACUACAUAGCACCAAAUGGACCACCACCAGCACAUAUUAGAUAG